AUGUCCGCAUCCGCCGCUUUAUCCCUGUAUCGCCGAUCCUUGAAGCAGUCCCUGGACUGGGCUGUUGACCGCCGAGUAUGGCGCGGCCAGGCCGUUUACAUCCGCUCGCUCUUCGAGGCCAACAAGGACGUCCGUGAUCCCCGCCAGCAACAGGUUCUGCUGCGUGAGACAGAAAAGCUGUUGGAAGAGUGGAAGCACCCAGAUCCCUACCGCCCACCUACUGCCCCUGGUGGAAACAAGUGGGAGCGCAAUCUGCCUGCCCGUAUUCUGCCAUAUGCGGCUCCUCCCGGUGCUCACUAA